CUCGCCUUUGACUUAUAACGCAUUUUAUGUUACAUUACAAAAAUGAAUUGGUUUAUUUAAUUAAUUUGAAACACAGACAACAUAAUGUUUUACUAGUUGAUAAUCCAACACGGACAAUUUGAAUUUGUACAUGUUUUCUAUUUGUAAAAUUCGAAAGAAGACUACCAUUGUUAGUAAAGGACGUGUUUCCGAUAUGCCACUGGCGGAGUACGUGACGGUCAUUGAGAGUGAUCCUAACGAGAGUCCGGCCUGUUGUCAUGGGCCAGCGUUGCUGUUUAAUCGGGUUGGAAAAUACUUCUUUGCUUGUUCCGCUUGCAGAUCUCGAAAGCUGUGUCCACUUUACUUUGAAGUAGACUUGAAAAAGAAGUUCAAAACCUGGCAUGAAGUACGGGAACAAUACAUUCCAAAAGCUGAGCACCAUGAUCCUCCGCACGUGUUAAAGGACUCCUUAUUCUGCUCGCAAUGUUGCCGUAUUUAUACUACCUCACAGAAUGCAUGUCUUCAUCACAGUUUGCGAGGUAUCAGUCCGACAGAGAUGAACACGCCGUCGUCUUAUUUGGCCCAGCUCUCUACCAAUAAAGGCCAUGCUCAAUACCACUUCGAUAAAAACACGUUGGAUUUCAUGGUUCGUCUAGCAUCCAAAUUCGAAAAGGUAUUAUGCCUAGGCACACCGUCGAUAUUUGAACGCCUUCGCGUUCUUGGAGUGAAAUGUCAUUUGGCUGAUAUUGAUCGACGCUUGGAAGCGUUCUAUUCCUCUAGAUCAUUCACCUGGUUCAACAUGUUCAAUGGACUCGCAUUUCGUGAUGGCGAUGAAAGCGCUUUGUGGAAAUUUGUAAACGGAUCUGAAGAGAAACCUUAUAAAACUAUUACUCCAGAAAGAGAUGUGGCAGAAAGAGAACGACAUUUUUCUGCACAACAAAGCACUUUAUUCGAUUCGGGGGAAUCACUUAGGACUUCGAGAACAACGAAAAUGCCAUCCCUAAUAGGCUCUAGUCAGACUGAAAGACCACUUAGAAAGCGACGACGUCGUGAUAAAAUGGUAGUUUGCGCUAGCAUGCCCUUACAAAUUGCUGGUACUGAUUCCGCAGCAGAACAGUUCAUUUGUAUAGCAGGUGAACAAGAUCAGGAAGAAACUGGAGAUCCUGAGGCUAUGCGUAAAGAACUAUAUCGGAAUCAGGUUUUAAAGCAUUCAUCAGAAUUGCUUCACAAAAAGAGCGUACGCCAAAUACAUAACACAGAUUACUGUGAAGAACGUUUUGAUAGCGCUCUAGUCAUCAUCGAUCCACCGUUUGGUGCUUUGCUUGGAGCCCUUGCGAAGACUCUAAAAAAGCUAACAAACCAUGGGAACUGGAACCGGUUGCUCGUGUUUCCUUAUUUCAACGAAUCGCAGGUUAAUUUACAUCUUCCCUCACUGGCGAUGUGCGAUCUCGCAGUUCGAUAUCGCAAUCAGCGGAAAAUGAAAAACGAUUCAAGCCCCGUAAGGAUUUUCACCGAUAUCCCGCUGAACGAAAUACCCCUUCCAGGACCCACUUACAAAUACUGCAUUAAGUGCGUUCGAUGGGUACACAGCGUCAAUGUUCAUUGCGCAGAGUGCGGAACUUGUCCUUCGAAAAACCAUGCUGCCACUCGACACUGCUUUGUCUGCCAGCGAUGUGUUAAACAGACCUGGGAUCACUGUAUCAAGUGCAAGCGUUGCCAUCUAUCCGGCAAGUGUAAUUUUUAUAGAAGGAGUAAAGGUUCCGCGACCAGCUCCACGAAUACAGUUUCGUUGGUGAGAAAAUCAGCUCGCCGUCAAAAAAAACGAUAAUAAAAAUAAAAGUACAUUCUACAUACCCUGUUUUGCGCCUCGCUUUUAAUGAUAUUGGCCCGCCCCCGAAAACACUAAACUGCAUAAAUAAAUGACGCCUAAUUUUUAAUGUUAUUUAAUGAAAACCUAUAAUAUUAAUUUUCUGAGUAACGCAACUUGAGAAGUUUUGUAAAAAAAAGGUAAGUUGCAGCACUUUGGUUACUGGAAAAUUGCGCUAAUAUAACCUCCCCACUGAUAAAAGUUAGUGUUUGUUAUUAAGAUUACUAUUUUGAGGGUGUUUGUAAUAUUCACAACGAUUUGUAUUGAUCGGACUGUCGCUUAAGCUACGUUCAGAAUUAGUUAGUAACAAGAGAAAUUUUUAGGCGAGCUAUUUUAUCCAUGAAUACGCGGCGAUAUCACAAAGUAAACGGGUUAAAAAAAUAUCUAGAUGCGCGUAUUGUGACGGCUUCUCGACAUUAUUUGACGUUAUAGGAGUCAUUGUGUUGAAUACUUAAAGCAACUUAUGUGCUACUAAGGGGAUAAAAUAUGUUUUCAGGGAGUAAUUAUUUAGAUAGAACAGAAAGCGGCCGCUCCGUUAAAGCAAGCGUUUACUUAAGGAAGUAUCACCGAAGGUACUUCAUAAUCUAUUUCACAUUAAAUAAUCAUUUGUGUAGAGCAGCUACGAAAAUCACGAAG